AUUGGCGUUUACCUCACCUAAACUGCGUAAUCAAUGCACCGUGACAAAAAGGAAGAAGUGAAACAUAUUCAACCGUUCAUUUACAGCUACAGUAGCUCCCUCUAGCUCAACAUUCAGACGCCAUUUUAUACUUACGAAAAGAGAAAACAACAUCAACAGCUUUCGUAAUUUACGUUUUUCAGUUAAAGAUCGGAACACUCUUUGAUGGAUGCUUUAACGCACGGUGACAUACACCAGAGACCAAUUUACAUCGAAACUCCGGCCAUCUUGAGCACACCUUUGUCGAAUAGUACUGGGUUCAAAGUUUACCUAAAGCUUGAAAAUUUGCAAGUGCCAGGAAGCUUCAAGAUUAGGGGAAUAGGAAACUUGUGUCAGAAGGCUGUGUUGAAGGGCUGUAAGAGGGUGGUAUGUGCCUCAGGUGGAAACGGAGGUUUAGCAGCUGCCUAUGCUGCUCGACUUUUGAAUCUCCCAGCAACCAUUGUUCUCCCUACAACUACUCCGGACUUUAUGGCACAGAAAAUCAGAGAGCAGGAAGCAACCGUGGAAGUCCAAGGCAGUGUUUGGGAUGAAUCAAAUCAAUAUGCUAUGACUCUUGCCAAAGAUCCAGAAUGUUUGUAUGUUAAUCCAUGUGACCAUCCAGAUAUAUGGGAGGGACAUGAAUCCUUGAUAGUAGAGACCAAGCAGCAGCUGCCCUGCCCACCUGAUGUUGUGGUGGCUUCUGUAGGAGGUGGGGGACUUUUGUGUGGGGUCAUACAAGGGAUGCAGAGAGUUGGAUGGGGCCACAUCCCAGUGGUUGCAAUGGAGACUGAAGGAGCUGACUGUCUGAAUGUGUCACUGAGAGAAAACAAGGUGGCCACCAUUCCAGCAAUUACAAGCGUUGCAAAAUGCCUUGGGGCCCUCACUCCAUGCACAAAAGUGUUUGAAUUGUGCCAGAAGAAUAAAGUCAUAUCAAAGCUUUGUACAGACAAACAAGCUAUUAAUGCUUGUCUUAAGUUUGCAGACGAUCAUCGACAGUUGGUGGAACCCGCAUGUGGUGCCAGUUUGGCUGCUGUUUAUAGUGGUAUUCUCAAGGACCUUCAAACUCAGGGUCAGCUCGGUGAAAUAAAGUCAGCGCUGAUUGUCGUCUGCGGAGGCAGCGCUGUCACCCUUGAUGCUCUCAGUAAAUGGAAAAAAGAAUUUGACUUGUAAUGAUUGGUAAAAGUGUUUGUAAUAAAUAAAAUGUGACACUGAA